AAUUAUUGAUCUUAGUGAAGGGAAGGGAGAUGGGGGCCCUAAAUGAUGGAUCCAAAAGGCAAAGUACAGAGUAAGGUGCAAUUAUUCAUGCCAUAGAUUUCAUCCUAAGCAAGUGAAAGGAAAAAAAUUCCCUCAAAAAAGCAGAGAAAAAGGGCCAGGGGAGAGGGGGUUGGAAUAGCUAAUUGUGUAUAUAAUAAAAAAACAUCAUUAAUUUUCUUUCCUUUCUUUCUUUUGGGUGACUGAUUCCCAACUCUCUUUGUGUUAGCCAAGGCUAAAGAAAAAAGAGAUUUCUCUUUCUUUCUUUUUUUUUUCUCUUCUUAUAUUCUCUCUUUCAUUACUUCAUUUGCUCCCUCCUUGUUCUUCUUUUUUUCUCUAUGAGAGGCCAAUAUAGAGAGAAAGAAGAGGCAUGAAGAACACAAUCCGGUGCUGCAUCUCUUGCAUUCUGCCCUGUGGAGCACUCGAUGUGAUUCGAAUAGUACACUCCAAUGGCCGCGUUGAAGAAAUCAGUGGCUCCAUCAAAGCCAGCGACAUCAUGAAGGCUUACCCUAAACACGUUCUAAAGAAGCCUUCCUCUUCUUCUUCCGAUGAUGGGAUGGUCCCAAAAAUCGUCAUCGUCCCACCCGACGCCGAACUUCAACGUGGCAAGAUUUAUUUCCUAAUACCACUCCCUUCAACACCCGAUAAAACCCGUUCCAAAACUUCCUCAACAACCAAGAAGAAAAAAAGAGACAGGCUUGACACCACCACCAACAACAACGGCGGCGGCGCCAGUAGCAACGGCCGCAACCGCCAGCAUAAUCACAGCCGAAGCAUGAGCAACGCCAACAAGAACAACAACACAAUUUCAAUGUCGAAUCUUUUGAUAUCGGAUCAGUAUUUAAGUGAGAUACUUUCAGAGAAACUAUCAACGCAAAGGGAUCGAAGAAGAGGCCGAGUUGGGGUGUGGAGACCACACUUAGAGAGCAUCUCCGAAUCUCCAAACGAUGGAUGAUCAUCAUCCACGUCACUCUGUUAUAUUACUACUACUACUAUUUUCUAUUAGAAGUAUGCCUAUGGGGUUUACAAUUUUCUUCAGAUUUCUAUCUGAUUCAUUUUUAGGAAAAAAAAUCCGCCCUAUCAUCCAUUAGGGUUGAAGCAACAAGCUGCUUAUUUGCUUUUUUCUUUUUUAUAAGUUUCCCACUUCCUUUUCUACAUUUCUUUUCUGCCCUUUUAUUAGUUUUUAUUUUGAGUUUUGUAUAUAUAGGCAUAGAAUAAAAAAUAAGAAUGCAAUGCAAGAGAAAAAAAGAAAUGAAGCUGAAAUCUGGGAACUGUGGUGAUGAUAAAUCAUACAACACAUGCAGUUAUUGUGGGAUCUUGGGUCCGGAUGAUUUGCCACAGUUGCCGGGUUUUUAAGUGCCAAAUCUCUUGGAAGUUGUAAGUUUUUUUUUUUUUUUUGUAAAUGCUGAGAGAAGGAUUAUUUGUGGUA